AUGGAAGCCCCAGCUCAGCUUCUCUGCCUCCUGUUCCUCUGGCUCCCAGAGACUAUAGCAGAAAUAACCCUCACACAAUCUCCAGCAACGGUGUCAGUGACUCCAGGAGACAGAGUCACUAUCACCUGCAAAGCCAGCCAAAAAGUGGAUGAUGACUUGUAUUGGUACCAACAGAAACCAGGACAAACUCCUAAGCUCAUUAUUAAACAGGCUUCUACUCUUAUCUCUGGGGUUCCAUCCCGGUUCAGUGGCAGCGGAUAUGACAUAGAUUUUACCCUGACAAUUGAUGACAUCAAAUCAGAAGAUUCUGCUUAUUACUUCUGUCAACACGAUGAGAAUAUCCCUCAUACUUUCGGCGGAGGAACCAAGCUAGAUAUCAAAAGGUCUGAUGCUCAGCCAUCCAUCUUCCUCUUCAAACCAUCUGACGAGCAGCUGACGACUGAUACUGUCUCUGUCGUGUGCUUGGUGAAUGAUUUCUACCCCAAAGAUAUCAAUGUCAAGUGGACAGUGGAUGGGGUUACCCAGAGCAGCAACUUCCAGAACAGUUUCACAGACCAGGACAGCACGAAAAGCACCUACAGCCUCAGCAGCACCCUGACACUGCCCAGUUCAGAGUACCUAAGCCAUGACAUCUAUGCAUGCGAGGUCAGCCACAAGAGCCUGACUACCACCCUCGCCAAGAGCUUCAAUAAGAACGAAUGUUAGAGCAAGAGGUCUAUAGGCUCCCCAGUCACCUGGGCUAAUUCGGUCCCAGCCCCUCACCCCUCCUCAGGCCCUUUUCCCACAGAUCAGCCCCUAUUGCAAUCCUCUGACCCAUCUCCCCACCUCAUCCCCCUCCCCCUCUUUGGCUUUAAUCAUGCUAAUGUUGGGGGGACAAUGAAUAAAUAAAGUAAAUCUUUGCACCUGUGA